CCCACCGGCCGUACCGCCAGCAGGAGCGCCGCCCGCCGCCAGCGCCGGCGCCGAGGGGUCGCCGCUACAGCAGCUACACGCGGCACCAGCACUACCAGCGCACGGGCAGGCGUUAGCAGAGGAUCUCCAGAGUCUGUCAUCCGCUUCAUGCGAGCCUUAUCCUGGUGGCAGCGAAAUUAUCAGGCAAUCUAUGAUCAAGCGCGGGGUCCCACAAGCAUCCUUGGACGUAAUGAUGGCCUCCUUUGCUAAAAAUACUUUAAAGCAAUAUAGUAGUUCUAUCAAAUGUUGGUGGUAUUUUUGUAAAACAAAUAAUGUUGAUUUAUAUAAUGCUGAUUAUACUAAGAUUAUAGCGUUCCUAACUACAAAACUUAAUGAAGGCGCCAGUUACAGUAGUUUAAAUAUACAUAGGUCCGCUUUGUCUAUAUUAUUAGGUUCAAAUGCGACUUCAAAUGAUAACAUUAAUCGAUUUUUUAAAGGGGUAUUUAGAUUAAACCCUCCAAAUCCUAAAUAUCAAUCAACUUGGGAUACAAAUGUUGUAUUAAAUUAUUUAUCGAAUGUAUACCCUUACGAUAACAUAGCACUAGCUGAUUUGACAUAUAAGACUUGCGCGCUUUUAGCUAUAGCGUCUGCUCAAAGAAUGCAAACGAUUAGUUUAAUUAAGCUUCAAAAUAUUAAAAUACAAAAUGAUGCAAUUGUUAUUAAAAUAUCUGAUUUUAUUAAAACAUCGCGGCCCGGAACCUACCAACCACUCAUCAGAUUACCUUUCAUUUUAGAGAGGCCCAGUGUUUGUCCAGCUUUGGCACUUCGAAAUUAUAUAGAUAAAACUAGGGCUUUACGGUCAAAUCAUUCGGAAGGAAAUCUUUUUAUUAGUACCCGAAAGCCUCACAAAACUGUAGGUUCACAAACGUUAGCACAUUGGGUAAAACAUGUGUUAGAGAAAAGCGGUGUUGAUAUAACAUUAUUUGGAGCUCACAGUACGCGUGCAGCGUCCACAUCGGCCGCGCACAGCUCCGGAGUUAACCUGGAAGUGGUUCGUAAGGCUGCGGGCUGGAGCGAUACUUCUAAUGUAUUCCUUAAAUAUUACUGUCGGGAAGUAGUACACACUGAUAAAGACCAAUUUGUUAAUGCUUUAUUUAGGAACGAUUUGGAUGAGAACUAGAUAAAUUACUUUUAUUUUAUUAAGUGUUUAUAUACUUAAGAAAACGAUAAAUGUAUUUUUAUACUAGUUUUUGUAAACCGUUGAAAGUAUACAUUUACAUGUACCUACAUUACCUGAUUGAUCUCGAUAUUUACUAAUG